CCGAAACCUAUGGGGAAGGAAUAAAAAAAGAAAUUCAGUAUCGUCGCACUCUGUGCUUAAAGACCAUCGUUUUCCGGAGAGGUCGCUGCCCCGGGGGCGUCGGUAGAGACACCGCAAUCUGACGGCGACGAGGGCGGAUUUUGAGUCACCGCAAAGCCCCUGAAUUUGGUUGAAGAAGACUGUGGCAACUGGCAGAUUUUCCGUCAGACGGUCUGUAGGCUAGGGUAUAGCGAGGGAGCCGCCAUGGCAGUCGGAUCAUUGAGCCUCCACAUCGGGAUAUGAAGAGGAAACUGCAUGUGUCCCGAAUUGUCAAGAAAAACGCCGCAUUUACAUUUGAUCCGCACCGGAUCGGCACUCUUUAACAUCUGAUCUCACCCUUCUUCAUCUGUGUGAAAUUGAUUCCGCAUCCAGAAAGAAAUAGCAUUUGGUUUUUUAACCGGGGGGCCACAGGGAGAGGCCAGAUUCAUGACUAUUUUAGUCGGAGACGUGUCUUCAAAGCCCCGCUAAAAGAAAAAAAAACCCCUGGAAUAUAAAGGAGUGAAUGAUGCUGUGAUUUGACUGCUGGUGGGAUAAGAAAGGCUCGUUUUUAUUAGGCGAUACGAACCAGAGUGAAGGAUCGUGGGAUAAAAGGGGGGGGGAUCCACUCUCUGCCUGUCUUUUUCCUGUGUGAAUUAUAGUAAUAUUCAUUUACUGUCAUCCUUUUUUUGGAUGAGACGGUUCGGCGAAUCGAUCCGCCCCGCCGUUUAGCAAGUCACAGUCUCCCUAAGUCGAGAGAGAAUCAAAAGGGAUCCGGAUCAUGUCGGGUCGGCCCAGGACCACAUCCUUCGCGGAGAGCUGCAAACCAGUGCCGCAGCCCUCGGCUUUCGGCAGCAUGAAAGUCAGCAGGGAUAAAGAUGGCAGCAAGGUAACAACAGUCGUGGCCACUCCAGGCCAAGGCCCCGACCGGCCACAGGAGGUUAGCUACACGGACACUAAGGUGAUCGGCAACGGCUCGUUCGGCGUCGUCUACCAGGCUAAACUCUGCGACUCUGGAGAGUUGGUGGCCAUCAAGAAGGUCCUGCAAGACAAGAGGUUUAAGAACCGUGAGCUGCAGAUCAUGAGGAAGUUGGACCACUGCAACAUAGUCCGCCUGCGCUACUUCUUCUACUCCAGUGGAGACAAGAAAGACGAAGUGUAUCUGAAUUUGGUUCUGGAUUACGUUCCUGAGACUGUCUACAGAGUGGCCAGACACUACAGCCGGGCCAAACAGACUCUGCCCAUGGUUUAUGUCAAGUUAUACAUGUACCAGCUGUUCAGGAGCCUGGCCUACAUCCAUUCGUUUGGAAUCUGUCAUCGGGACAUCAAGCCCCAGAAUCUGCUGCUGGAUCCAGAGACCGCCGUUCUCAAGCUCUGCGACUUUGGCAGUGCUAAGCAGCUGGUCCGUGGAGAGCCGAAUGUGUCCUACAUCUGCUCUCGCUACUAUCGAGCCCCUGAGCUCAUCUUUGGUGCGACUGACUACACUUCCAGCAUAGAUGUGUGGUCAGCCGGCUGCGUGCUGGCAGAGCUGUUGCUAGGACAACCAAUCUUCCCCGGUGACAGUGGAGUGGAUCAGUUGGUUGAAAUUAUCAAGGUUCUCGGCACCCCAACCCGAGAGCAGAUCCGCGAGAUGAACCCCAACUACACCGAGUUCAAAUUUCCCCAGAUCAAGGCACACCCUUGGACUAAGGUGAGUCAACAGGUGUUCCGACCACGUACGCCUCCAGAGGCCAUCGCCCUUUGCUCUCGCCUGCUGGAGUACACGCCCACGGCCCGCCUCACCCCUCUAGAGGCCUGCGCACACUCCUUCUUUGAUGAGCUGCGCGACCCCAACGUCAAACUGCCCAAUGGGAGAGAGAAGCCCUCGCUGUUCAAUUUCACUACCCAGGAGUUAUCCAGUAAUCCAUCUUUGGCCUCCAUACUCAUCCCUGCCCACGCCCGCAGCCAGGCCACCGCCUCUACCCCAACCAACGCCUCUGCCACCACAGAUGGCAGCAGCACAGAGCGAGGUCCCAGCACCACCACCGCCUCUGCCUCAGCCUCCAACUCCACCUCCUGAGCCCACAGACCACCCCUGCCCUGCCCCGGUCUCAGCCCCAGCCCACGGCCUCUCCAUUGCCCCGGCCAGGGGGUGAGCUCAGCUCUGCUCUGCCCUGCUCUCCUCCCUGACAGCAGCGGAGCGAUGCUGACGCAGUCCGGGUUCAACAGCUAGCCAACAGUCCCGUGCUACAACCACAAACCAAGCAUCCCUAAUCUGCCUCUUUCAUCCCUGACUGGCCCCUCAUCCAGCUGUUUGAGCUCUACUCCAUCCUCUGUCAAAGACAUCUCUCCGUGCACUUUCACGGGGGGAAGCAAAGCGCAGGGCCAGAGGUGUUGUCGACUGUACUAUUGAUAAAAGUACACUGUACAUGUAUACACAAUGCUAGCCUGCUAAUGUUUGUAAAAGGACAAUCUGUAGAAAAAGUCCUAAGCUGUUCCCCUUGGCCCUCUCCCCUGUCUAGCGUCCCCCUCUGUCCUCCUCCAUGUUGUUCCAUUUUUCUGCAACCUCAUCCUUUGACCUCUGACCCUGGCCGAUGUCCCCACCAAACCCCCCCAUCCCCCUUUGGUUCCUCCUGUAGUGCAUGGCCUGAGUAUGGUUAGGAUCACAUGGGGUGGGGGAGGGGGUCACCCCGCCCCUCUCACUUCUCACCUACACUUCCGCAGACAAGGCAUGAGGCUCACGCACGGGUAUACACACAUACACACUCAUACGCACGCACACACACACACACACACACACACACACACACACACACACACACACACACAUGGAUGCAUGAUGAUCCUGAUGUAUGUGGAAAGAAGCAGUCCACUUGCGGGGGUAACGUUUGGACAGGUUGUUUGUUUUGUUUUUUUUUGUUUCUUUGCCCGGGGUUGUUUUUAAAUGGUUAGCAAGCUGUUUUACCCGACCUUGUUUUUAAUUUUUGUUUUGUACUCCUGGGCAGAUGUUUUUGGAUUGCCAUGUGCGAUGGAUGUGACAUGUAUCUGGUCCUGUGUGCUUGUAUAAUAUAUACAUACAAUACAAAACAAACAUGCAUACAUACACAGUUUAUAUUACUUUUCCUUAUGUAUAAAAAGUAUAUAUAGAUAUAUGUAUAUUAACUACAAUGGUUCAGAAAUCAUUUAUGGUGAGCUCAUAUCUGGCAGAGCAGUGGCAAUAUUUGCCGUUGCCUAAAGACAAUAGAUUUAGAUGAGGUGGUGUUUUUGUUUUGUUUUUGUUUUUGUUUUGCUGGAGUGUGGUUAGAUUCCAGCACUCACUUCCCUGUUCUCCUGUGUUAUCUGUAUUAAGGCUGUAGAUGGAAUUUAGGGCAUUGCUCUAUUCCCUGUCUUUGUACCGACCCUGUCUGUAACAGUGUGCCUGUGACAGUGCAGUGUCUAGACAAACAUCUUCCCUUGUCUAGUUCUUCUUCUUCUUCUCUCUCUCUCUCUCUCUCUCUCUCUCUCUCUCUCUCUCUCUCUCUCUCUCUCUCUCUCUCUCUCUCUCUCUCUCUCUCUCUCUCUCUCUCUCUGUGAAGAAUUCAAGAUGUUUCCCAACAUUUUUCUUCCCUCGAGUCCCUGAGAAGUCCCGGUGGUGGUCUUUCGCUCGUCGCGGACUGUCUCAUGUAUUGUGACCACUGACUGAAGUGUUAGCCUAGCGUUCUUUCUCCUCCUCCUAGAGCACACAUAGAGACACUCGGUACAGUCUGUCGAAGCGUCUUAUUUACAGAGAAUACUCACUACAUUUUAAAAUAAAAAGAAAAGAAAAGAAAAAGCAGAAUUUGUAUAUACAGUAUAAAUGCUCCUCACCAAAAUUCUGACUUGUAUGACUUGUAUGUUGUUUUUUAUGUUGUUAUGUUGAUUAUUAUUUUUCCAUGUUGUGUUCAAGGUAUGUAUAUAUGCAGACCCAUGUACUGUUUAUGAGCAAAAACAAAGAUGACAAAGGGUAGGAAAAGAAAUGAAAAAGAUAAAAAAAAAAAAAACAGAAUCAGGGCGAAACUGAUAUUGUUUAUGGAUAUUGUAGAUGAUGAUGAUGAUGAUGAUCAGCUUUAUCCAGCCAUAUGUUCAAUCUUACCUGUACAGUACAGUAGAUGACAGCUGUAUUAUUGUAACAAGAACUAGUCAUGUAUAGUGUAACUAUAGUUUGGAGUGCCUUUGCUUUCAUACACCUUCGCCUUGUUCCCCCUCACCCCGCCCCCCUUCACUCUCCUGAUAUUGUGACUCUCCCUUUGGUGCUGUUGAAUGUCCUGCUAUCCCGCAACACACACACAUUCACACUCUUCCGCUUGAUUUUCAGUCCCCCUCCACCUGCACCUCUUUCCCUUUUCCAUUGCACACUUAAUGUAAUAUACAGACAUUGUUAAUUGUAAGGAUAUUUUCCUUAACUGAAGAUACAGUAGACAAGUGUUUAUUUUAGAUGUUUUAUCUUGGACACACAUGCACGCACAAACAUGUAUACCACAGUCCUGGCACGGACUCCGGGGGCAUGAAGUGGGUAGGGGGGGGGAAUGGCAGCAGGGGUUAAAAAAGGCCUCAUAUACUGUGUAUAUAUAUAUAUACAUAUAUAUAUACAAUACAGUACAGUUUCUGUAUUACUCACAGUGUUGGUUCUGUUACCAAAGCCAAACUAAGAUGUAGUUGUGAUGAGCCAUCCUCAGAGGCAGUCAUGUAUUCUGUCUCCCUUCUUCUUACUCUGGAUAUUUUGUUCUUUCUCUGUCCUCUUGCUUGUUCUCCUUCCUGUCUGCAUAUUCGGAUAUUUGGGGGGGAAUUCAGUAGCACCUAAGGGGUCGAGUCAUGUAGCCUCUCUCCUGUCUCCUGCUUGCUGUAAUUUUGCAUUCAUGAACGUGUUGCUACCACCAGACAGUUUGACCACCUCACCCUACCCCUAACUCCAGUUCAAUAAAAACACCACAAGUUACCAAAAAAGAAGAGUAUAUAUGCUAGUAUGUUAUACUUGCACAUAUACUAGUUUAAUGUGCUAACUAGGUUUAACUGGGGUUAAAGAAAAAGAAGAAUCAUAGAAAAUACUACAAAAACAUCCUGUAUAACAGUACUACUACUUGAAUGCCUCUGUUUGUGACUGAAAUUUAUAUUUCAUUUGUUUUUUUGUUUUGUUUUUUGUUUGUUUGUUUUUUUUUUUGUUCUGUGAAGGUAUGCUCAAUGUGCACCUCUGUAAAUAUUCCCUCUGCGUGCUCUGAGGAAUAGUUCCCUGGUACUGUAAUUUGCAUUAAAUAAAGAGUAGGAUAGCCUGGAAAUGAUCAA